AUGGCCAUGACUGUGGACGGCUCAGGCGAUGAUCGGAUCACCUUGGAGGGUUUGGACAAGCCGUACACCUUCGCAAACGAUGAAGACUGUAGCGAGGACGAAGAAGGUUUGGAGAACGGCAGCGAUGAGCCUGGGGGGCGCGGGAAGGAGGGCGAUGGACAUGAGACGGUCGUGGAGGGCGCUGAUUCCAGCGAUGAUGAAGACGACGGCGGCACGUCUCAAACCCAGACCGAUGAGCUAGCUCUUCUCGACGACGACGACAGCAUGGACCCACAAGACCCGGAGGACGAGACACAAGGAAUGGAGUCCCGACAGGCUUUCGCAUUCAAGCAGUUAAACCCGUUGCUCUUGACAGUUUUUGCUUUUGCGACGUGGAGUCCUCGUUAGGCUGGGGAUGGGGUGGUUUGGAGGGUUGAUCAUUCAGCAACCUCAGCAGGACACUCGCCACCCGUACGACCACUGUGUGCAGCUGGAG